CCAUCGGAUGAACUCACUCACUCUCAACUUCAAGAGCGUGCCGCGAUGUCCCUCUUUUUCUACAAUAAACCCAUUUGUGUUUCUGUAUUUUCUCAGACUCUCCUCCUCUUUGAAUUCAAGACUACCCAGUUAUGGAUUUUCAAGAAAUGUCGUCUAUGGAGAAUAAUCCUCUUCCUCCAAUACCCGGUCGUGUUGUUAUUGCUUAUGAUGCUACCAAGAACCGCAAUGAAGGAGAGCUUAAACGCACUGUUGAUAGUAUCCGAUCGAGAGGUGACAUUCUUCAUGGAGGUGAUACACUCACGCUGCUUGGAGUUCUGCAUAAGGUCCCACACCCCAUGGGUUACCAAAUGCAAGCGUCCCCUGUUUCUUUUUUGGGAACAAACAUGAGUGUGCUGAAAGACGAAGUUUCAAAAAAGAUUGAUAUGUAUGUGAACAUGCUCCUACAAAGUGCUGAAGAAUGCAAAAAUGAAAAGACAAAACCACAGUGCAAUAACACAUGGUCCCCUGUCUCAGCUUCAGACCUGCAGAAUAUGCAUAAUGUAUGAGCAUUUUGAUCCAACACCCCAAUAUUCUGUGGUGAGGUAGAUGUUUUUAAUUUCCCUUUGCAUGCCAACCAACUUUUAAAUUGCAUCUUAGGAGGAGAAAUGUUGUUCCAGAUUAAAUCAGGUGAUUUGACCAUAGGACCAUAACUCAAGUUAAGCCAGUCAUAAGCACAUCCUUAACAGAAAACAUACCUGAUCGGGCAGCAUUCCAUACGAGCCUAUCAUCUUCAGUCAAACUGAGGACAGGAGCAGAGAGGAGCAUCUGAAUUAACAGAGUAACUUCUUCCAAGUCCCAGGUGAAUAAUUGUCUUCUAAAAGCAAAGUUCCACUCUCCUGACAAGUCCCUCUUACUAUAGUAAUCAAGCACAGAACCCUUUUUCUCCACUGACAGCAGGAACAGUCUUAUAAACUUCUCUUUCAAGCAAACAUUCUUAUCGAACAGACUCGUUCUUCCAUUACCAAUGUGAAUACAUAAGUUUGAUUGAAAGAAAUUGAAAAUCUGUGGUUUGACUGAAGCUAUUGAUAGUAUGUUAGCCUAAGAAGCACAGACAUGGACACGGGACACGACACGGACACACAGGGUAUGUUAUGUUUGGUUCGGUUUUGAGAGUAGUUUUUAAAAAUUAUU